GUCACGACGUCUGACGAUAUGCGUCCUCCUCAUACUACACAUGAGAGGAACAAUCUGCGAUCAAACCUCCAACGAGACGGGCGGCGGCAGCUCCAACUCGGAAGCCAACAGCGCCGCCGAGCCGUCCUCCGACCAGCUCGCCAUGGAGUCUGCAGAACGAGAGACCCCGAGCCACGCGUACAAUGGACCCCCUCCGCCUGUCCCGCCCUCGCAUAACAGAAGACAAAACCCGCCGCACCUGCAGCCUCAUCAUCCUAUUGGUCUGCCUCGGAUUCCGAACCAUCACCAGAUUCACUCGAAGCCUUUCGCUCACGGGCCGCCUGUAAACCAUCACAAGAACGACAUCAACACCGUGUUCAGAGGACAGCCCCCGCCGCCCGCCCCUCCCGCUGAUGCUCAGACCUCAGCCAGUGACAAGGUCUUCAGCACAGCUGGUGACGUGUGGCCGGCGCCCGCCCCAGACAUGCCCAAAAUUGUAUCUCUGGAUGUGAAAUGUGAGAAGAACGCAAUGCGAGUCUUCCUCAGCUUCGACAAGCCGUUCUUCGGUAUCGUCUUUUCGAAGGGUCACUAUUCCAAUCACCAAUGCGUACAUUUACCACCGAAUCUAGGAAGAACGUCGGCGUCGUUUGAAAUCGGAGCCCACGCUUGUGGAACGGCCGGCAGCGGAGAUCCGAGAUAUCAUGGAGACGUCGCAGCCGCCGGGACGUACUUUGAAAACGUCAUCGUCAUACAGUACGAUCCACAGGUGCAGGAGGUGUGGGAUCAGGCCAGGAAACUGAGGUGCACGUGGCACGACCAGUACGAGAAGGCGGUAACUUUCCGACCGUUCCCCGUUGACAUGCUCGACGUAGUCCGAGCCGAUUUUGCCGGAGACAAUGUCGGAUGCUGGAUGCAGAUUCAAGUGGGUAAGGGACCUUGGGCAUCAGAAGUCUCCGGUCUCGUGAAAAUCGGACAGACGAUGACGAUGGUUCUGGCCAUCAAGGACGACGAUGCCAAGUUCGAUAUGCUAGUACGCGAUUGCGUGGCUCACGAUGGACAACGCGCUCCUAUCCAGCUAGUAGAUAGGAGAGGCUGUGUGACGAGACCCAAGCUGAUGUCGAGAUUCACGAAAAUCAAGAACUUCGGGGCCAGCGCUUCCGUGCUCUCUUACGCUCACUUCCAAGCUUUCAAGUUCCCUGACUCGAUGGAAGUUCACUUCCAAUGUACCAUCCAGAUUUGCAGGUACCGCUGCCCGGAGCAGUGCUCGGAUGGUCACAACGUUAUUGCACCACAGCCCGAGUACGGUCCUCCUCAAAUCGACGCGUAUCCUGUCGGCAUCGAAGUUAGAAGAGACGACCGCAGAAUAAGGAGGCAGAGGAGAGCGACGUCCCCCGAAAAAGAAGUGGGCGUCAAUCGAGUAAUUCGCGUCGUUUCCGCUGGGGACUUAAACAUCGAUACAUCCGACGAAGCCAACUUACCGAAAGUUGUACCAACGCCUGGAUUAGUUUGUAUGACGACUCCCGGUUUCGCUGCAACGCUCGGCGCUCUUCUUGCCACAUUGAUUUGCUCGUGCGCCGUCUCGGCCGUAUUAUUCUUGAAGCUGAGGCCGAUCACCAAGUUGAAAAAGAAGACUGCCACAGUCACCACCAUGACGAGACCACACCCCGCUGCCGCGCCUCACAUCAUAUCAAAGAGUCGAUUUUACUCGUAACAACGUUGUAUUUCUAAUUUAAUUUGUACAUAUUACUGUGAUGAGACUGAAGUAUAGAAGAUACUGUAUCAAGUCUUUUUUGUGGUGAAAUAGAUACUAUGAGAUUUAGUUGAAGAUGCCAUUUUGAUACACUGUGUUCAAAUCACACAUUUAAGAUAAAUCUUGAUUUUUUAUCUGAAUUUAGAUUUUAAUGGCAAUUUUACUAGAAACGCAACUGGCAACACAGAAGGACUAACGCGUGUUAGUUUUUAUUUGGUAAAGCAUGUCUAUGUACUGCUGUCACCUACCAUCAAAACAUCCACUCAUUUCUUGACGGAUUUCAAGAAAACUAAGGACAAAAACGGAUUUAAAUGUUACGUAUAGUAUAAUUUAGUACCACGUUGUUUUGUAACUAGAUGUACAGGCUCAGUCAUGCCAUCAAGAGGCUUAGAUAGAAUCAAUUCUUGUUGUGUACAGUUAGCAGAAAAGUCCAGGACCAGUAGAGUAAAAUAUAAGAGAGUUGCCAAUUUCAUCAAAAAUGUGCUAAUAUUUAAAAAAGUCUUUUAACUUCCGAGCAGCCAUUUUCGAGCCAGUUUUGAUAGUAUUAACAAAUAGUAUGAUGUUUUUGCAAUACUUAAUGUAACCCCGGAGGCUAAUUCUUGGUCACCCGAGAAACGAACUUUCUUAUACCACAGAAUAGAUAAUAGUACUAUUCUGUGGUAUAUACUAGAAUCGGGACUGGAGGCCUACCACGAAAUCGUUUUGGAUUCAAAUAAUCGGAAGAAAAUACAGCGUCUUACUCUAACAACGUCAUUUCACGUUUGUAACAGUAAGACGCGUCAUUCCGAUUCAUUCGGUUGAGUCUCAAAACAGUUUCGUGGUAUGGCCCAUGGUCUUGGUCUUUUUUUGCUGACUGUGCGACUACUAUCCACCGUUUAUCACUUGUUGUUAUGGACCAAUUGCAUUUGUAUUCAUUUCAUAAGUUAUUUAAUUAAUAUAGUAUUAAAUAA